AUGACAGAUGAUGCUAAUGAAGACAACACCACCGUCCAUAAAGGAAGAUCUUCGAUCGAUUCAGUGUCAGAAGGAGAUGAUACGUCUAGUAUAACAAUAGAAAGGCCCAUAAAUCGCAAAUUAUUACGUACACCAAAAUGCGCACGAUGUCGUAAUCAUGGUGUAGUCUCUUGCUUAAAGGGUCAUAAGAAAUAUUGCCGUUGGAGGGAUUGUACAUGUGCAAGUUGUCUACUUGUAGUCGAACGACAACGAAUUAUGGCAGCUCAAGUGGCGUUAAGACGACAACAAGCAACGAAUCACAGUAAGACAACGAACAGUAAUACUAAAUGUAAAGCAUCGGCAAUAUUAUUAGAACAAAAGCGUUUAGCUGUACAACGAAAUCUCCGUCAACUUCAGGAAAGUUCAAUCACUCGUGAUGUGAUCAAAAAUUUAAAAGCGAGAUUGCCACAUGGAAAUGACAAUAAUCGAUUUAGUCAACCUAUAUUAAAUGAUCGAUUACGAAAACGACGUUGUUUUGCUGAUAAAGAGUUAGAAGCACUUACAAUAAAACCUCUUGAACAUUAUCCUCUAAUUUACGGAUCUUCUAAUGUAACGCCGAUAGGUACCACAUACAUCGACAGAUUAUUAAUUCAAAACUCAAAAUUUCCAAAUUUAUUUUCACCAAACAGUGUAUCCCUUGAUAAAAUUUCGUCUGAUUUUCCGGUGAUUAGUGCAUUUCGAAUGACAAAAUCUCAAACACCUACAUUACAUUUACUCGAUAAUAUGAUUGUUAUAAACUCAAACUGUAAAUUUGCUACACCAUCAUCACUACAUGUUCAUUCAUUAACAACAACAACAGCGGAAAAUGUUGAUGAAAACGAAAAUGGACCAACAAACAAUCAAAAGAAACUAACAGAUUUUUCGGUAUCAGCUAUCAUUGGCGGUAAAGAGGAAAAGAGUUGGCACAUGAUCUAA